AGAUCUGAAAGAGGAAGAGCGUUUUUCCCAGGUGGACCAAAGAGUGGAGAGAAUAAAGCAAACACAAAGGGAAAUGUAACAUCAUCUUAUAUCUGAGUUGGGAUUGUGGAGGGGCAGGAACCAUCACUGCUGGUAUAAACACACAGUCUCACAUCCACACCUACAACCUGUUUAGAAUCACCAGUUAAACCAAGAAGAACAUCAGUGAGGAGGAGAGAGCCGGAGUACUCAGGAGGAAACCUGACAUAUAACAGUGCAAACAAAUAAUUAGCUCACUGUUUGUGCAUGCUCUCUUUCAAUAUACCUGCCUAUAUCAAAAAUGUUGAUCAGUUUGAAACAAAGGCUGGCUCUGUAGCAAUCGUCAGAUGCAGAUAACCCAGUAAUGUGGGGAAUUCUCUGCAUGAGACAAGCAACCUUGUGAAAUGUAUUUUCCUCGUUCUUUGACCAUAUAGGCAUCAGAUAACAUACCUCAUAAGUCAAAGCUGGACUUGACUUCUGUUCAGUUUGCUUAGGACGAGUAACCAGAGGAGACGUGAGUUUUCCAACUACAGCAGAAAGAUCACCGGGGACUCUGGAGUGCUGCUAAACCUGCUGCUAGUUCAUUGCCAUGGAAGCGAAUUUUAAAAACCCCCCAAAUGUGAAGCGCACUAUUUCUUUUUUACAGCCACCUGCCGGUUUGCUUCGAUUCCAGGGCAAACUGGCUGCACAAUCUGAGUCUGAAAAGGAACUCACCUGUUCGAUCUGCCAUGAAAUCUUCAGAGAUCCGGUCAUCCUCUCAUGCAGCCACAGCUUCUGCAAAGAAUGUCUGCAGUUGUGGUGGAAGGAGAAGGACACCCAAACCUGCCCACUCUGCAUGAAGAUACCCUCAUCAACUGACCCACCUGUUAGUUUAGUGCUAAGGAACCUGUGUAAGACUGCUGUAGAGGAGAGAGCUGAGAGAGCAGAGACACCACUAGCAGCAUCUGAAGCUCUCUGCAAUCUGCACGCUGAGAAACUCAAACUCUUCUGUUUGGACCACGAGGAGCCCGUGUGUCUCGUAUGUCGAGACUCAAAAGCACACAACAACCACAGAUUCAGACCCAUCGAAGAAGCUGCACAGGAUCAAAGAGUGAAGCUCCAGAUGUUUCUCAAGUGUUUACAAGAUAAACUGAAGCUCUUUGAAUAUGUGAAAGCGAACAGUGACCUCACUGUAGAACACAACGUAGUGCAGACUCGGUACAUAGAGAGCCAGAUUAAGGAGCAGUUUAAGAAGCUUCAUCACUUUCUGUUUGAGGAGGAAGAGGCAAGGAUCACCGCUCUGAAGACAGAAGAGCAGCAGAAGAGUCGGAUGAUGCAGGAGAAGAUUGAGGCUCUGACCAAAAAGAUAGCAGCUCUUUCUGAAACCAUCAGUGCCACACAGGAGGAACUGAGAGCUGAUGACUCUUUGUUUCUCUAUAACUACAAGGCUGCAGCAGAAAGAGUCCAGCAGCGACCCCUGCUGGAGGAUCCUGAGGUGGUCUCUGGAGCUCUGAUCGAUGUGGCCAAACACCUGGGCAACCUGGCCUACAACAUCUGGAACAAAAUGAAGGAGACAGUUUCCUACACUCCUGUGAUUCUGAAUCCAAACACCGCUGAAGGACACCUCAUCAUCUCUUCAGAUCUUACUAGUGUGAGACAAGGAAACAAACAGAAGCUUCCUGAAAACCCAGAAAGGUUUGACAGCUAUUCGAUCAUCAUGGGCUCUGAGGGCUACGACUCGGGGAGUCACAGCUGGGACGUUGAGGUUAGAAAUGAUGGAGUCUGGUGUCUCGGUGUGCUACAGGAGUCAGUUAAGAGAAAGGGACAAUUAAAGACUGGAUUCUGGGAAUUAAGUCGCCACGAUGGGAAAUACACAGCAGUUGCUCCACCACUUUCACGCAAAGUCCUCGCAGUGAAGACGCUCCAGAGGAUCAGAGUUCGCCUGCACUGCGACAAAGGGAAGCUCUCAUUCUUUGAUAUUGAUACCAACACACUCAUACACACCUUCAAACUCACUAUCACUGAGAAGUUGUUUCCUUACAUUGAGACCAAGACUCUUCCGCUGACCAUACUACCAUCAGCCAUCUGUGUAACACUGGAAGAGCAGCCACGUUUAAAGGGAUCUAAAGAGUAUAUGGUCCAUAUCCAGUGUAGUUAAGCAUGUUUAGAUGCUGGUCGAAGAAGUCUGCUUAGAAAUAAUCAUAGACUUGUAAUCAAACAUUUCUAUCAUAUGAAAGAAAUGUGGGUGUCAGUAUCAGAAUCACAUCCACAGAUAGCCAGUAACAGGUGUGUCCAACAAGGAAAUGCAUGGCAUUGGUGAUGGAUACUCCCAUGGUACCCAUCACCAUCAGAUACGAACAAUGACAGGAACAAUGGUGGAAUAUAACUUAUCUGCAUACUUCAGAAUUAAUAGUAAAGCACAGAAAUAUCUCUGUUAUGCAACUUUGUUACUUCACUCCACUUGUAGAUGGAAAAAUAUAUAUUCCAUUUAUUUUUAGCUUUAUUAUGCUAGAAAUUUUAAAUGGCAAAGGCAUAAUAAAUAUUAUGCUAUAUUCCAAGACCCUGCAGUAUAUUAAUAAUAAAAAUAAUAUCUAGCUGCAACAUUAAAGUGAAUAAGUGACAUUAAAAUCUUUAUGGCAUUUUUUUUUUACAUGGUUUCCAGUGUUUGUGUGUAAAAGUUUAGCUAUGAACAGAACGCCACCACUGAGACUCCUGCUGUGAUUAACGUGUCCUGGUCUGUGUUCCUGUUCAGGGUCGUUGUUCAAAUGUUGCACUACCAGUAUAUGUGUGGUGUACUGGGGACAAAACUCAUAUCUCAGUAUCUUUACACAAAAAUAUAAAUAUGUUCUGACCAAAUACUAUUAAAAUUUUAAAAAGCAGUUCUUUCACCUUGGUCUAAAAUAUUAUGUUGUUAAAUGCUACUUUUUUAAAACUUAAAGUUUAAGCCAAAAUCACUGGAACAGUGUCUGGUUUAAAUGCAAAACUCACAGUUUUAUGUUCAUUUAACUUCAUGUCAGUCACGAUGGAUCAGUCUCUGAGCUUUGCUGACUGUGACCAGGCCGGCACGCUGAUUCAUAAAAGAGUUUUCUCCUGCUGAAUUUGUUGUAAAACGGUUAAAUCUUCUUUAUAUUCAUUUUUGUUCACUUAAUUGUCAAAUGUGACACCAAAAUUAUAUAGCAAAGGGGAAAAACAAGUUUUUUGUGGUUUUAUCAAACUGGUAAGUAUUUAAAUAGAUUUUUACUAAACCGCUGAAGUGGUUCCAAUAUUUUAAUAUUUCAUGUUUGAAAAAAACAACAAACAAGCAAAAAAACAUUCACAUUUUGCCUCCAACAGUCCUUUAAUUUAUUUGAAUAUGAUAAAUUAUCUCAGUAUUUUGCAAGUUUAAGUAAUUAAAUCUAUGAAAGUGAAUGUUUCUGGGCUUCCCUGGUUACUUUUAUUUUUUUGUAUGUUUCCUGUUUUAGUUUGACAGUGCAUCGCCUUGUCUUGUUACUUAGAUUGUCUUCACCUGUCUCUCCUUCCCCACCUGUUUCACCGGGACUUGCUUUAUUUUUGUAUUAAGUUUGUAAGUUUAAUAAAACUGCUUUUACUUUACCCCUCAUGUUUUUGAGUCCUCAGUUUGGGUCCUGCCUGCUACAUAGUGACCUAUGUGGCAAUCUGAGCUAAAACAUCUGGAACAAGAUGAAGGAGGUGGGCUCCUGCACUCCUGUGAUUCUUCAUCCAAACUCUAUUCAUCUACACCUGAAGAUCAAAACACGCGAUCAUCGAAAAACUGUUUUCAUGUAUUUGCACAAAGAAAGAACCACGGAUGAUAUUACCAGUGACUGUGAGAGUGGAACAGCAUGUGGACCCUUUAUCCACAUGUUUCAUCUCCUGUUGUUUUGGUCCGUACCUGAGUGUGAUUACUGUGUUCACACUGCACAAACAAACCACACCAAGGGGGAAAACAAAUCAGAGUUCAAUUUAAACCAACUAAACACUGCAGGUGUGAAAACACCCUUAACCCUUUACUGCAUGAAUUAUGACAACCUCAGGCAGGAAUGUUAAGUAUUUUUAUUCAUCUUUAGGCAAGAAAAAAAGAUUUGUGAACUUCAUUUUUUAAAAAUGUACUUUUCAAAGAGUCUUUUGAAAGUACAUGUUUGCCACCCACUGGUGGCAGGGCAUGGUGUGACACAUCAGUGUCCAAUGUAGUGGUUUAUGUGCAACUAUACCAUCAACACUGACACAAAUACAAGAAAACAGCCUUUGAAUAGCUGUGACUGACCACUCUGCAUGAAAGGGUUAAUCCAGAGUCAGCACAUUAUCAGACUGCACAGAUGUAAUAAAUAUGGGAAUUAAAGGAAAGAACAUUUUUAACUUGCAAUUAGAAAAUUCAAUUAGAAAUUGGCUGUGUUCAGACUGACAGAUGAUUCAUGAAGAAGUUUGUCCAGCUCAAUUCUACAUGACAUUUAAAAGGGGACACAGAAGUGUUUUUUUGUAAUACUAGUGGGUUCAAGUAAUUUAAUAUUUAAAAUCUGGAAAACCUCAUUCACAAAUUACCUCCAUAACAUUAAAUUUAUUUAAACUGC